AUGUCUGGAAGCCAUGUUGAUGAUUGUUCAUCUGAUAUCGAAGAUGAAUUCAAAUCGCUUUUCGCAAACGGCACUUGGGAGCUCAUUGCUCCUCCACAAGAUCGCUACAUCAUCAGCUGUAGAAUUGUGCUUAGAAAUAAAUACGGCCCAAGUGGAGAAAUCGAAAGGCGAAAAGCACGUCUCGUGGCAAAGCGGUUCACACAACGCCCUGGAAUUGACUUCCAUGAAACUUUUUCUCCUGUCGUACGCCUGAACUCCUUCAGAACGAUAACAGCUCUUGCAGUUGAAAACGAUCGCAUAGCUGAAAGAAAGAAUUCGAGAAGAAAUAUAUAUGAGUUUGCUAGAUUGAUACGAAGAUAUUUUAACUCGAAAAGCUGA